AUGGCCCAGACGGACCCAGCGUUUGCCCCAGCUUCGACUCGAGCAAAGCUCGUCGGUAUUUGCAUGGCAGUCUUUGCAGCGUUUGGAGGUAUCUUAUAUGGAUAUGAUACCGGUUAUAUCUCAGGAAUAAAAGAAAUGGAAUAUUGGUAUGUGCUCCGGACAUUUGGAGAACAAGAUGAAUCUGGAACCUAUGUGCUCUCAACGGCGAGUAAUUCACUUGUUACCUCCAUCCUGUCGGUUGGAACCUUUGCCGGAGCAUUAUUAGCUUCUCCCUUGGGAGACAUCCUUGGUCGACGAUGGGGAGUCAUCUUAUCAUGCGCAAUUAUCGGUGUGGGUGUCACGCUACAAGCUACUGCUAGCACUAUCACCAUUUUUGCUGUUGGAAGGGUCUUUUCUGGGAUGGGCGUCGGAUUGACAUCUUGUUUAGUACCGAUGUACCAAUCCGAAUGUGCCCCAAAAUGGAUCCGAGGUGCCAUCGUGGCUUGCUAUCAAUUGGCCAUCACAAUCGGAUUGUUGAUUGGUGCCUUGAUGGUCAAUGCUACAAAAGACCGACCGGACAUGAGCUCGUUCCGGAUCCCAAUUGUUCUUCAAUCUGGUUGGACUACCAUUCUCGCUGUUGGACUCUUCUGUCUUCCAGAAUCCCCCAAAUUCUUGAUUCUGAAAGGAAAAGAAGAGCAAGCUAGAGCAUCUCUAGCUCGAUUGUUAUCCCUCCCUAUAGACUCACCACAAGUUUCGAGAGAGUAUAACGAAGUGGCAGAUUCAUUGGUGAUUGAACGAACAAUGGCAACUGGAACUUAUGCAGAUUGUUUCAAAUCGGGAAAAGGAAGGUAUCGACUGAGAACAUUGUCAGGAAUGGCCAUUCAAAUGCUUCAGCAAGCCUCCGGGAUCAACUUUAUCAUCUAUUAUGGAACUUCGUUCUUCAAGAACAGUAACCUCAAGAAUCCAUUCAUUAUCACCAUCAUCAUCACUAGCGUGAAUGUGGCCAUGACAUUUCCAGGAAUUUGGGCCGUAGAUCGGAUCGGUCGUAGAGGUCUACUCUUGUUGGGUGCAGUGGUGAUGUUUGUGUGUGAAUUGUUGAUCGCCAUCCUAGGAAUAAUCCUACCAUCAACAGACUUAUCUGGACAAUAUGCCCUCAUCGCACUUGUGUGUAUCUUCAUUGGAGGAUUUGCAGCUACUUGGGGCCCUCUUGUGUGGGUUGUGACUAGUGAGAUAUUCCCAUUGGCAAUCAGAGCAAAAGCUAUGUCUCUUUCGACAGCAGCCAGUUGGGCAAUAAACUUUGCCAUUGGAUAUGCAACACCAUUCAUGGUCGACGAUGGGCCAGGGAAGGCAGGCUUAGGUUCCCGAGUAUUCUUUAUCUGGUCAAGCUGCUGCCUUCUUGGUGUGGUCUUCACCUUUUUCUGUAUUCCGGAAACGAAAGGCUUGUCACUCGAGCAGGUUGAUGAUGUUUAUCAAAACAGUUCCAUCAUUGGUUCUGAUCGCUACCGUCGACGGUUAUUGGCUGCUGGAAGUGCAGUCAUGAACAGUCAGGACACAGUGGUAGCGCCUGAUUCUAACAUGAAACAAUCGGACAAAAGCAAUUUGCCAAAGUAA